CCGUCGGCCACGAGUCGGUCGGCCAUAUCCUUGUAUAGCUGUUCGUUGACGCAGUCGUGCGGGUAUUUCUCGCAAUUCUCGUCGGUGUCAAACCCGGUGUACGACAGGAAACCCAUCGGUGGGGUCAGCGCCUGGCCGUCGUCUGUCCACCCGUACGCCGCUGUUUUGACGACGAUGUCUGAGACAAUUGUGAUCAACGAUCUGAUGGAUGAGUUGCGCGAAGACAUACAAAGACUGACCAAAGAGUUGUCAUUUGAGAAACAAUUGAAUGAAAUUAAUUCCGAAACAAACGAAUCAAAUGAAGUGAUGGCCGCGAAGUCAUUGUUGGAGACAAUCGCCGCCACCGAAGACCUAAUCGCGGACACCAUUACGCCAGACAAUGGCCGCGAAGAUAGCGAUGAAACCGGCGAUGACUGUAAUGAGCAAAACAUGACACACACAGAGCUGUUGAACAGAUACUCGCGAUCCGUAUUAAACAAGACAUCAUCUCAAGACUCAGCACCACCUGAUCCGGAGGUCAAUCACUGCCACAAAUGCCAGCAGACAUUCGCCUCAAGACACGAGUUCCAGACCCACAACAGUCUGGUUCACAGCAAACUUCAGAUGAAUCACGUGUGCGACGACUGUCACCAGGCGUUCCACUCGGACUACCAGUUGGCCAGACAUCGGGCCACCGAUCAUGUCAUCGACUUAUCGCCUAAGACAACAACCAAUGGCGGACACAAGCGAUCGUUGGCCGCAACCCCUCACCGACCGGCCAUUAAAAUGCGCAAAACUGGGAACCAAUUGUUGCCCAAAAGUAUGAAUAAGAAGAACAAUGAGAUGAAAAUGACGGACAACUCGUCGCUAAAGACUCGGCCACUGAAGUGCGAUAUCUGUUCCUAUAUCGGAGACAGCGCUCGAGCGCUCGCAACCCAUAAGAUGUGGCACUCGCGGGGCGGCGCCGGCGAAGCCGCCGGUAGACCGGGUCGGCAGUCAUCGUCUCCAAGAGAGCGAUCGAUGUCGGGCUCGUCGGACACGCCGUCCACCGUAUCGUCGAGCGGUUCCAGAGGUCGUGACAACAACGGCAACAACAAGAGCGCUGAUACCACACCACUCCAGUCCAUGGAUCUGGUUUGGGCCAAAUGCAAGGGCUAUCCCUGGUAUCCGGCGCUAGUCGUAGACCCGGACACCAGUGACGGACCCUAUAAGCCGGCCGAAAGUGUGUUGCGGACUCGACCGCCGCCCACCCCUGGCGUCGACCACUAUCUCGUCAACUAUUUUGACGAGUAUCGGCUCUGGUAUGACAUCUCUGAUUGUUGUUCGCCUAACAGUUCCCAUGUGUUUAACUCUUGUGUCCCACUGUUUGUCCCACACGUGUAG